AUGUCUCCCCUGUCGGCUCCUGAGAUACAGAUGGCUGAGGAGGAGGGGUUGACCGGCUGCCUCACUCUUCCUUGGUGGUUAUCAGCGAGUCUGCACGCCUACGAAAUCUCGGCUAUUGACACGAGUUCCUUAUCAACCUCUGUCCCAAGCGCCGGCAGGGGGCGCACAGAAUUCCCAGCGUCCUGCCGAUCCAGGCGAUAGAUCGCGGAUAACGGGUCCCCGGAUGUGCCUAACAAGAAGAGAAAAGGUACUAAAGGGUUAGGUUAUAUAAAGCUUAGGAAAUCUGCUUCAUGCAGCCCUGACACCAACACCACUCUAGUACUGCGUAAUCUUCGUCUACCAUCGACCGGUCCCUUCUAAUUUGCUCCUUUCGUAUACGGUACUAUCUAAAUCCCGUAUCUGCGGGGGGUCUUGGUGUCGGUAGGGGGCUAUCGGUGAGAAUCCGAGAUUCUAUCGAUGAGAACGCUGUCGUGCUGUACCGUAUGUACGAGUAUACGAGCCAUUAUACUCGGAUGAUCAGCAGUACGGCUAAGCCGGGGUACGUUAGGCGGAGUUGUAUGAUAUCAACGGGAACGCGGUUGUGCUGGGGCGGUCAGAACUAGCGCGAGGUUUUACGAGCGGGAACGUCUGAGUACCAGCUAUUGUAUUAGGGCGGUUCAAAACCAUGACGAAGAGGAGGUAGGUGAAGAUCUGUGGAUGAGAUUCUACCUAUUGUACCAGGUGUUGAGAUAGCGCGGUUAAGAGCACGGUGUCAACUCCUA